AUGGCGGCGCUGGGACAGUUCGUCUCGCUGCUCAUCACCUCCACCGGCUUCGCCUCCUCCGAGCUUGCUCGCCGAGGUGUCAAUGCACCUACAUCACAGUCAUUGCUGAAUUACAUCCUUCUUGCACUUGUUUAUGGUGGAACACUGCUAUACAAAAGGCAACAUAUGACGAUCAAAUGGUACUACUACUUGAUCCUAGGCAUCGUUGAUGUGGAAGCUAACUACAUUGGUAUGCUCCAGGAUGAGACCAAUAUCAAGCCAUUGUGGGGAACCGCACAACUCUUUUUGCAUCCACGCUACAUGCAUGGUGCUGCUACUAGGAAAACCAAGAUAGCAGCCCGCCACAAACACAACUCGUAG